GUAGACAACCGCUGUGAUUACCCAUGGCCAGGUGGUCUACGGCUGUUUUAAACCCGCUGUUCGAUCGACGUAUCGAUCGUAAUUAACAGUCGCGUUAGGUCGGAUUCGGUGUUCUAAUGUGCGCGCGCGCGUUCGAUUCCCUCCGGUUAUAAAAAGAAAAUAUGAUGACGCGUUUUCAACGUUUCCGGACGGCGGCGGCGGCGGUGGCAUUCGCGUUGGCCGUCACGUGCGUUUUGCCGGCGGAAAACGCGAGAAUAUUGGCCGUGGAAACGGUCGCGGCCAAAAGCCACUGGAACUUCAUGAGCUCUGUGCUCCGGGCGCUGACGGAAAGCGGACACAGCGUUACCGUGGUCACGCCGUUUCCGGAGGGGAACAAGGAAAACUACACGGAAGUGGACACGUCCGACAUACUGCCGACGAUGGUCGGCAUAGACCUGACGAAACUGAAGCGGAUGUACGGCACCGCGGCGUCGCUGGUUUCCCUCUCGUUGACCCAGAGGAGAUUCAACUGCGAACGGAUUUACAACGACCGCCGGAUCGUCGAUCUCAUGGCCGACAAUCGAGACGGCAAUUUCGAUGCCAUCUUCGUCCAUCCCGGCCUUCCGGUCUGCAUGGCGUACGUGACGGCCUCGACGGACUUGCCGGUCGUGUACGUGGUGCCGAUGGCGACGACGUUUUUCGCGGACAGGAGGACGGUCGGCGACGUGUCGAACCCGGCGUCUGCUUCUUCGAUACUCGCCCGUUACGCCGUCCCCAGAACGUUCGCACAGCGGUUCUCCAACACUUUGUUGUCGCUUUGCACCGAAGCGUAUGUCGCCCUACACGCUUGCACAGUGAAGUUUUUGGCGGGCCGGAAACCGUACGACACGUACGCCCCUGUCCCGCCGUCCGUUGUGUUCACAAAUGGCCAUUACAUAAGCGACGCGGCAAGGCCGAUUUCAGCGAACGUUGUCAACGUGGGCGGUAUUCAUUUGAAACCACCGGAGAGGAUACCAAAAGUAAUAUUACGUUUAUACAGGUACAGGUAUCCCUACGAAAACCCUCCGUCGACUACGCGUAAAAACCUCGCUAAGAAAAAAAAAAAAAAAAAAAUAAAAAAAAAAACUCAAGUUAGAAAAGCUGCGAUUUCAAAAAGAGGCCAAGUAUAAUUUCUUAAACUCAUUAGUGUAGCGACCGUUUGCAUUUAACGAAGUGCGAUAAAUGAAUACAAAUCAUUCAACUUAGUUUGGUGGCUACCAAUAUUUACGACUACAAAUAAAGACACAAUGCGCCGGUAUGAAUGUUUACAUCCCCCGUUUUAAAAUGUAUUAAUAUUACCAUAAUACUAUUUAAGUACACACGAUGAGUGGCCGCUAAGCUGAGUUAAAUUAUUUGUAUUCAUUUAUCGCACUUCGUCAAAUACGAAUACUUUUGCAUACCAAUCAAGCUGUACAAGCAAUAGUGUCAUUUACAUAACACACUGAUUAAUCCGUGCAAUUUGCAAAACAACCAGUCUAUUAGUUUAGGCUACAGAGAGGUCGGGCUGUUUGUCGUAAAAUCGCACAAUAGUUGGUCGUCUCGUGUAAUUUACUGCAGUCGACGCGUAGGUCUUUUUUUUUUUUUUUUUACUUGGCUUUGCGGCGCUAAAUAGAUUUCUGCACUUUUUUUUUUUGUAACGUCUUACAGAUAUUUCAAUACUUGCUGGUUGUUUAUUGAACGUAGACGUAAGUUUUAACGUGGAUGGAAGCGCCACUCUUAUAGGUCGGGGAAGUCGGGUUGGUUGGACACAUAGAGUUAUUUAAUUUAUAUUUGUACGCAACGAUUUUGAGCGAACUUCGUUUAUAGAUGAUUUGAAAAGCCGUAAUAUUUACGAUUUUCAUUAAAAUUUUUGUUAUUCUUUUCAGUCAUUGGGUCAAAAAUUAUAAUUUAAUAAUACGCAUAUGAAUAAAUUAACAACUUAAUGACAAAUUAAUUUUAUUUUAUCGAUUAUCUGUUAUCAAACACGGCUUUAGGUUAUUAAAUCAUUAUAGUAUGCGGAUAAAUAUAUAUCUUAUCAUAUUUUGCGCAACGUUUUUUAAUAUUUAUUUAUCAUUAUUUUCUUUAUGAAACCAAUAAAAACUUAUAGUGCCAAUUAAUUAUCGAAUUAAUAAAAUAUUUAUAGGGCGUUUUUUGUGCAACCGGGCAUUAAUGUAGUUAAUUAUUAUAGUAUUGUCCAUACACUCAACAAUAAACCAAUAAUACACUUACACAUAUAAUAACAUUUAUAAUAUUGAAGUUGCUUUCAAUAGACGUAAGUAUAAUCUGGUUACAGGAUAUAUUAGAAUUCAUAGAGGAUUCGCCAUACGGAGUCGUUUUGUUCACAUUCGGUUCGACUGUUUUAAUGUCUUCAAUGCCCGACCAUAUAAGAACGGCUUUUUUGGAAGCUUUGGCUCAACUCCCGCAUAGGACUUUGAUGAAAUACGAAGUUGAAAUGAUUGAUAAACCAAAUAACGUUAUGAUAAGAAAAUGGUUACCUCAACGGGACAUACUCAGUAAGUUCACCGCCACGGACUGAUAUAGAAUAAUAAACUGCUGGAAACAAUAAGGAGGGCGGGUGACGGGAAAACGGAUCUCUUAUGGUUCGUAAGUGGCAAUAAGUACCUCGGGGAAGAAACGUUCUCUAAACUUGUACCACCUAUAGUAAACAAACACAACCGUGAUAUGAGUAUUAGUUAUUAGCAUGAAUAACAUGAUAAAUACAAAUGAAUAAAGACGGACAUACACUUCGCACGAUGGGUGCGUCACUGUUGUAGGUGAGAAGUUGGGAAGGUAGGAUAUAGAGAGGAAUUUAACGUAUAUCUGUACGCAACGAUUAAUCUUUAGCGAAGAAAAACAAUUUUGAGCUAAAGUUCGGUUAUACAUGUUUAAAAGGCCGUAAUAUUUACGAUUUUCGUUAAAAUUUGAUAAUAAAAUUAUUAUAAAAAAAUUAAAAUUUUACCACGUUUAUGAAAGGCAAAUAUAACGUUACUAUUAUAAUUUUAAGUCUAUACGAUUAUUUUCCACCGAAUAAGAACAAAAAAAAAAAAAAAAAAAAAAAAAAAAAAACAAAAUUGAAAAUAAUAAAAGCAUUAUUUUCGUAAUUUUUCCCGUUUUCCUACGUUUUUCCCCUGGAAAAAUAAAAAAAAAUGUUACCCCUUUAAAGUACCAUCUUAGGAAAAAAAAAGUUACACUUGAUAAUUCGGAGGAAGAUUUCUGGUAGAAUUUUUGUAAAUAGGAUAAAAAAAAAAAUAAAAAAAAAAUAAACAUUAUUGAGAAAUCAAUAAUCUCCUCUAGAGGGCAGCCAUCUGAAUACGAUAAGAAAAAAUAACGAUAACGGUCCGAAAGCAUGAAUAAUAUACCUAUUUAUAUACCUAAUUGUAAAAUUGUGUAUCUACCCUAACCUAAUCUGACGAAGCGAAGUGAAUGGAGGAAAUUAAAAAGCUCCGAUUUGUUAUGCAAAACUGCGUCGGUUAGAAUUUUAUUUCUUGCGCAGUACGUAAAUAUGCGAUCGGUCAGCGUUACCGAAUUCUCUUCAUUUUCGGAUAAUUUGCUUAUCAUCCGCGGACGCGUGUAAGUUCUGUUUAUAUAUUCUGUGUUAUAAACACAUGACACAAUUGUUAGAUACGAUCACAGUGCGUUACGCCUUCGUUUAGUGUGGGCAAAUUCUCCACUUCUGGCCGAAUGAUAAUGAUAGCCAAUACGAUAACACAAUACACUCUGUUUCAAAAGAAAACAUACCGCUUUCGUGACCAUUUUUCAUUCUGCGGCUCGCAUCCCAUAGACCAUAGAGAUAUUUCUUAAUAUGGUUUUUUAACAUGUGAAUGGUCGUGACCGGUGUUACCUGAUGGGGAUGCGCGCCGCAGAAUGAAAAACUAGUCGCGAAAGCGGUAUUUCUCUUUUGAAACAGGGUAUAAACGAAGCGAAGAAUAUAUUUACGCGGGUUGUGCGUUAGAAAAACUGUGAUCAUAUACACCUAUCUACUUUGUCAUAGUUUCCACUAGUAACUUUGUAUUUUUCCUGCAUUUGCGUUUGCUGCGUAUUAAGUGGUCCGGCCUUUUGGUGAUAACAGUUAUAUUACAAUAACCAAACCGAGAAAAGCAUAAGCUAAUGAAAACGAAGCAGCAUAUAAUUCUAUUUUUAUAGUGCAUCCAAAAGUCAAGCUGUUCAUCAGUCACGGGGGAAUAUCCGGAGUAUACGAAGCAGUGGAUGCUGGCGUUCCCGUCCUCGGAUUUCCAUUUUUCGGCGAUCAGUACAGGAAUAUAGACAAUUUGGUCGAAGCGGGCAUGGCGAUUUCUAUGGAAAUACUGUCCGUAACUAAAGACGAUGUUUUUAACAACCUCGUAGAGCUCAUCAACGACAGAAAGUAAGCGAUGGCACUCGGGUAAUUCUCGUAAAUAGACGUUACCUUAUUUAAUUUAUAUUUUUAUUUUAGAUACAAGAAAAACGCCGAGAUCGCGUCGAGUAUAUUCAAAGACCGUCCGAUGUCACCGCAACAGUCGGUAGUGUACUGGACCGAAUACGUGAUUCGUCAUAAAGGAGCGCCGCAUUUGAAAUCGCACGCGCUCAAUUUAUCGUGGUAUCAAUACUUCUUGUUGGACGUGAUUGCAGUCGUGUUGAUUUUAAUUUCGAUCGUAUCUUACGUAAUUUAUAGAGUAUUCAAAUUGUUGUGUCAAUAUUCGUUUAAACGUUAUUUCAGCGUUAUUGAAGAAAAUCGGUCACAUAGGUUAAAAAACGACUAAUUGAUGAGUCACAGGAAGUAAUUAAUAAUUGUUAUGAAAAUAUAAAAUUGUAUAUACCAAUAAAAUUGUAUGAUAAUUAUGCGAAUAAUUUGUUGAUAAAUGUUUAUGAUUAAGUUUCUUCGUUAUUUCCUUUCAUGCGUGGAGUUGUUUCAAGUGUUACGGUAAAGUCGGUGAAAAGGAACCGUCCAAUGUCAUCACAACAGUCGGUAGUCUACUGGACCGUGUACACGAUUCGGCAUAAUGGAACGCCCAAUUUGAAAUCCCAAGCGCUCAAUUUGACGUGUUAUCAAUAUUUAUUAUUUACGUAAUAGUUAUUGUUGUUAACGUUAAGAGUCAGCUAUGUGGUGUAUGAUGUGAAGUGUCGAGUGCACAUUUUGCAACAGUAGAGUAU